AUGUUUUGUUUAGCUUAUUUUUUGUUGUAUAUCGCGUCAUCAUCUGCAUAUGUUCUAGAAGAAGAGUGCCUCAAUUAUACAGUGUAUCCAGUGCAAUAUGAACUGACUCUUUAUCCUUAUAUAUAUAAGGAUGGUAAUUCAUUUUACUAUUGUGACAUUAUUAUAACGAUUAUCGCGAAUGCCCCAAAUGUAAACAUUAUUGAGUUAGACGCUAGAGACUUAGAAAUAAAAAGUGGUUCGAUACAAGUACUGUAUAAUAAUAUUAAUUUGGUCAACCCAUACCGCCCUUAUGAAUUUGAUAACAGAAGGGGUAAAUUAUUCAUAUAUUUAAAGGAGUCAUUGAAACAGUACAGUGUGUCACGGACUCAGUAUUUUGUGAAAAUAUCAUUUACAAAGCAAGUGAGUUUCAAUAGCGAAGGAAUUUUUCUUGUGGAGUAUGAAGGGGACGAUCGGAAACCUAAAUACCUCUUCACAACUCGUCUGUCGCCUAAUAAAUCAAAAUACUUCUUCCCCUGUUUCGAUAAUCCACAAUUUGAAGCCGUCUUCAAGUUUAGGAUCUAUGUCGCACCUCAACAGCCUGGAGUACAAUACUGUAACACUUCUUUAGUUAUCGCAAAGGAAUCGAAACAGCAAAUUUCAAAGGACAGUUACACGAUCAUUGAAUAUGCACCAUCGCCGCAGAUAUCCCUCCACCAAGUUGGAUUCCACCAUUCCAUCUUUGGCAGCAGUCAAGUCAUCACGAGCAGAUUUAACGAAACUUUAGCAAUUUGGGCCCCAGCGUCUACUCUCGACAGUUACAACUUUGUAUUGCGUUUAGGAAUGUUACUUAUCAAUUUGAUUCACGAAUACGCUUUGAUCGACUUGCCUCUCGUGAAUGGACCGAUAAAUAUUGUGGCAGUUCCGGGCAUAUUAAACGAUUAUGAAAUCGAUAGCUGGAACCUGCUUACCAUCGGUGACUAUAAACUGGCCAAUAGUUAUGUGUACACGAGCAUAAAACAAAUUGAGCAGUUGACGUUCGAUUUAGCUCAGCAACUGAGUCGGAUUUGGCUUGGCAACCCUGGUGAAUUGCAACGCACUAGAUGGAAAGAAGAAUGGUUCAAAGAGGGCGUUGCUACUUAUAUGGCCUAUUAUUUACAAACUCAGUACAAUUAUGGUGAAAUGUUACAACAAAGACGACCCAUUGAAAAUUAUGGUGUACUAAUGAAACACAAAGCUAUGGCAGUGGACUGGCAUCACUCGACACCUGCUUUGGCAACCUUUAACAGAACAUUGGCAAUAGAAAUACCAUCAAGAUACAAAGAACUGGUGACAAUGAAAACAGCAUCAUUAUUAUGGAUGGUUGAAAAUUGGAUUGGUUCGGAAAAGUUUCACCAAGCUUUAGUAAAAUACAUAAAUAGCAGAAGAGGGAAAUAUAUUUCCGUAACAGAUUUUAUGAUAAAUCUCGAUCGUGAUACGGUGGAAUGUCUCCAUCAGUUCUUGAAUGGCUCAACGUCAUCGAGGGUUCUGAACUCCUGGUUCCAUCAGUCUGGGUAUCCAGUAGUCAAUGUUCAAGUUCUAAGAGAUCGGUCACCGAAUGUUGUACAACUAAAGCAGAGGAAAUUCAGCUUUAGUGAACAAAAUAGAUUCGAUUCGAAUUAUUUGAUUCCAAUCUCUUAUAUCGUUCAAAAUAACGGAAACUGCUUCAAUUGCCUUCAACCGAGGUUCACUAUCGGGGGUCAGACUUACACUUUUAGAGAGAAUCUUGGUGGCGGAUGGAUUAUACUGAAUAGAAAUGCUUCAGGCUAUUAUCGAGUAAAUUACGAUGAUGAAACUUGGAGACUGAUCGCGCAGACUCUAAAACAAGAUCACACAGCCAUCGACGAACUGAAUAGGGCACAGAUAGCAAACGAUGUGUUCGCCCUUUACGCUGCUGGAGAUUUACGUGAAGAUAUCGCUAUAGAAGUUUUAGAUUACCUAAACAAAGAACUAAGUCUAGUGGUUUGGGAAUCGGUUAUUUCCGGCUAUGAACUAUUCAAGAUGGAGGACGUCAAAUUGACUAAGACGCUGUAUGAAGAAUGGCAGCAAUUCCUUCAAAGGAAAAUAUCAACAUUGUACAGAAGGUUAAUGGUGAACAUCGAGCAACGGCCAAUUACGAGAUUAUUUAGGAGCAGUCUAGUCGAAUUUGCUUGCGAAAUUAAAUAUAGACCUUGUUUGAACGAAAUGAGACGAUAUUAUGCAGAUCAUAUUAACACAAAGACAAGACUGAAUCCAGACUUUCGCAGAGCUUGUUAUUACACAAUAAUUCACGAUGCUAGAGAUAAUAUUGGAAAUAAAUUAAACAGAUUUGAGAUUGAAGACAAGACCAUAGCAGAACAUAAAGUGCGUGAAGAGAACAGAUUUUUCUACAGAAUUCCGGUUGGUAUACCUAAACCAUUACCGAUUAGGAUGUCGACCACAACCACGACGACAACCGAGGUCACGUUUAUAUCGACAUCAAAACCAGCUAAUAGAGGCGCUGCACUUUCCAUAUCGCCAUUCUCAUUCAUUUUAGCCAUUUAUUUAUUUUUUAUUUUAAAAUAGGUGAUAUUGUUAUGUUAUAAUAUCGAUUUAAAAUAUUUAAUGA